AUCUUCAUUAAGGCUUUAUCUAGAGAGAAAGAGAGAGAGAGUUUCAUUUUCGCUGCCGCGGAAGGUUUCAGAAAAAAGAAGAAGAAGCUCUCUGCUGUAGCGUUCAAGUUUUCUCAAUCCGAAUUUUGAAUAUUUAAAAAAGGAAGAAACUAAGAAAUGGCUCGCUCUUUCUCAAACGCUAGGCUUUUCUCUACUUUCGUUGUCGAUGGAAUCUCUCAGGCUAUCUCCAGACGAGGAUAUGCGGCGGCAUCUCAAGGAGUGGUGUCGAAUGGAGUAAGAGAAGGAGCAGCAAGGAACGCUGCGGUGGUGAAGAAAACAGGGGAAGAGAUGGCAGGAGCUAAGGAGAAGGUUUCAUGGGUUCCCGACCCAGUUACCGGAUGCUAUAGACCCGAGAACUGUGCCAACGAGAUCGACGUGGCCGAGCUCAGAGCCAUGCUGUUGAAGAAGAACUAAAAUUCAUUAGGCUAACUCGCUAAUAAUUCAAUGGAUUGACGAGGUUGGUUCCAAUAUUAUCUGCCGCAGGGGCUAUCGAUGAUGUCUAAAGAGAAGAAGAAUUUUUUCUUGGCCGGAAAAAACGCUUGUUGCUCGCUUCCUACUCUGUUCCUUGUAAACGAAAUAGAUUUGAUGAUGUAAUAUUCGUUUCUUGAUUUCUCGGAAUUAAGAAAUUACUACAAAUAAAUCGUAGGAUUUAUAAUAAAAUAAAGACUUUCUUACUUAUA